UCUUUUAAUUCCCACGGGCAGUACUUUAGCCCCUAUGUUUCAGCAGACAUGAACAAAAUGGCCAUGGCCUUUAAUACCACAGUGGCAGCUCUGGAGGAUGAACUGACCCAGCUGAUCCUGGAGGGCCUGAUCAAUGCUCGUAUCGACUCCCACAGCAAGAUCCUGUAUGCCAGGGACGUGGAUCAGAGAAGCACAACCUUUGAGAAGUCUCUACAGAUGGGCAAAGAGUUCCAGAGACGAGCGAAAGCCAUGAUCCUGCGGGCAGCUGUGCUUCGUAAUCAGAUACACGUCAAGGUAACAGGGACCUCAGGGUAACGUGUCCUCGCUCUGCUUUGCUCUUCACUUCACCAUCACCUGACCAUCUCCUUCCCUUCAUCAUGAGUGUCUCAGAGCUCUUUUGUAUUUCUAAGUCAGCAUCAAAGUGCUGCAUUUAUUAAAACAGUUACACGUCUGAGGAUGCGUCAUUAACAUUGUGAUG